AUGGCAUCCUCUCUCUCACGACAACUCCAGCUUGUGGCAUACCACGACUCGAGAGUCGAACGACCCAACGAGACCACGGAAUCAAACGACGACACUGUCGAACCCAUCACUGUGAUUCUUGUCCAGGAGCCCAAAUCUGUGGCCUCUCAGCAGUCUGUUGGUGGCUGUGAGCCUGAAAAGAAACUAGACAAUCUUAAGAAUCAGAAUGUCAUCUCUCGCGUAUUUCUCUUACCGAGUACCCUUGGGAGCGGCAGUGAUACUGCAUACUCUCUUAUGGUCAAAGUAGACACGGAAGCAUGGAGAACAUCACACACUUCUGCGCCGAUAGAACAGCCUCAUCCUCGGUAUGGCAAAUUGUGGUCCUUCUUCAGCACCUCUAGAUAUCUUCCCAUUCCCUCACAUGAGAUAAGCAACGAAGAUUCCAAGAGAAAAUUUCACAAAGUCUGGAUCGGGUCAAUCAUCACCAGUGCUGGUCUCUUGUCCCUCCUAGCUCUCAUCCUGGUGUUUGCCUUCCCAAGUGCGCCGCUACACAAUAUUUCCUGGCCUGAAGAAGGCUACAUUCGGUAUUCAACACCUGGCAGCGAUGGGCCAAAGCGUCAGCUGCGUAUUCUAUACCACAAUGCCACAGAAUGGUCACAGAAGAACCCCCAUGACAACGGAGAAUGGAAGAUCAGAAUGGACGACCAGGCCCUCAUCCCCGCGGCAGCUUGGGACCCUGAAGAAGAUCGCUACCAGGCGUGGUUCCAUGAUCGUUAUAAAGUCAUGAGCACUGCUGUCAAGGAGAGGAGCUUCAUAAGACCCAGCUGGCUCGGAUCACUGCACAUGAUAGUGCCGUGGGAUGAUGAGUUUCACCUCGCCCAUUGCGUCGUCACGUUGAAGCGGUAUUGGAAGGCCAAGGAAACUGGAAAGCAUGUUUGUCCACGGGAUAUUGCUCCGAAUCAUAUUGAGCAUUGUCUGAAUUGGUUCGAGGGGUAUGUAUUCCGGCCUGAGCCACAGUUGCCUAAGAUGGGUUCCACGAUGGCAUGGCAGACAAAGGUCUGUUUCUAG